UUGAAACUCUAAAAAUUAAAUGAAAAAAAAAUUAAAUACCAAUUGGAGAUUUAUGCACAGCCCGAUAAAUUUUUAACCAAAGAUCUUUGUUAAAAAUCAUUCGAGAGGUGUUUUACACAUUUCGUAAAGUAUCAUAAGUCCCCAAAAAAUCAUUUGAUAUUAUGCAAUUUUUGUAACACAUUUAUUUUGGGGCUUUUCUAAAUUUUGAUUUGAACUAAACAAUAAACUUCGUUAGAGUUCUAGAUACUAAAGAUAAAUAUAUCAAACCCGAUGAUACAUGCAGCUAUCAGCAAGAAAUUGAAUAGGGAACUUCUAUUGAGCGUUAGGUGACGACUCUGUGGUAGAUAAAUACUACAAAUUAGUGUUUUGUUUUUUUUGUAUAAUGAUAAGACCAUAUCAGGGCUCAUAUAGGAAUUAGCAAUGUUGUGAACCCGACGCAUAUUUUUAUAUAUUUAUAUACGAGUGUUUGCUGAAUCGGCUGCCUUGAUAACCCCACAAGUAGUUGGCAGUCGGCUAGGAGGCACCAUGCAGAGCACAUCGAUUAUAAAAACAGCAAACAAAUAAAAAUCGGCUUAAAAAGAAAUGUGAUUUAAUACAUUAAUAUCUAUGGCAAAAUUGAAAUACCAGUUGCUUGGGCCACAAAGUCCGCCACGUUUCGGGGAUCGGACCUUACGGCUGCCCUUCAAAGUGCUGCUAGGCUCUGCCUCGGUUCUGCUGCUUGUCUUGUAUUAUCUUAGACACGUCUCAGAAACUAGGCCAACUAUGGAAACUGAUUUAAAUGAUCUAAGGCUUACUUCAACGACUACAUUAAGUCCAAGUACGCAGAUACCAAUUGAAAUUAAAGUCACAAAUUCAACUUUGGGUAAUUGUGAAAUAUGCGGUGUAGUUCAUUCGAGCUUAAUUCAAAUUUCUUCAAUAUCAGCAGAGCCCAACGUUAGUAAAUAUUAUGUGAAAACCUCCAAGUGUCGUAUGUCUGCCCCAUAUCCCUUUACGGCAGAUGUUUUGAAAAUAUAUAAACCAAAAACAUACAAAAAGUGCGAUCCAAGUAAGGAUCUAAUCACCGUGCACUUUGAAGAGGGUCUCUACAGGCUGCAUAUGAACGAAGCGAAUAUCACAUGUUGUUAUAAACAGAUCCUGCGUUCCGGCGAACGCGAUCAUGCGGACCAGUUGUAUAGAUUGCUGUCAUGCAGUAAUUUUCAUCAAGAUUUCGUCGUGCCACAACACGUCGAUGCGAUCAUCACCGAAUGCCGUCGCUUGAAGGACAAAAAGUUGUUGCAACAGGAUGCCUUUGGCUUUGUGCAACCAGCGCGACAUGUGGACAAUCGCACUACUUUGAAUAAUUCAAUUGUAGAUGAAUCCCUGGAGAGUAGACCCAGUGUCCUGCUCUGGGGCAUUGACUCCAUGUCGCGCAUGAACUUCCAGCGAACCAUGCCGCUGAUGUACAAGUAUCUGAGGAAGGAGAACUGGUACGAGCUGCAGGGCUACAACAAGAUGGGAGAUAAUACAUUUCCCAAUUUAAUGGCAGUGCUGACAGGAUUUAAUAGCACCAGAUCCGUGUCAGUCUGCCAGCCCAAACAAGUGGGUGGCUUGGAUGCUUGUCCAAUGCUCUGGAAAAAAUACAAGAAAAAGGGCUACAUAACUGCUUAUGCGGAGGACUGGAGCCGUUAUUCUACGUUUAAUUUUUUAUUUAAGGGUUUUCAAAACCCUCCAACGGAUUAUUAUGCGCGUCCACUAAUGCUGGCCGUUGAGAAGGAGCUGCCGAAGGUGAUCGACAUGGCCAUACCCUACUGUGUGGGACGAAGGCAUUUAGCGGAGUAUAUUUAUGAUUCUGCACUACAGUUUACGGAAUUCUAUAAAAAUCAGUCCACUUUUGGCAUGUUCUGGGCAAAUUCCUUUAGCCACAACAACUUUGCCUUACCCUCUUCCAUGGAUGCCAAGAUCCUUGAAUAUAUGCACACAUUGCAGAAAAAUGGAAUCUUUGAAAAGUCCAUAAUUCUAUUCUUUAGUGAUCAUGGCAUGCGAUUCGGUCCACUGCGCAGCCUGGAUAGUGGAUUCUUGGAGGAGCGCAUGCCCAUUAUGUAUAUUUGGCUACCCAAUUGGUUUAGGCAAAAGUAUCCAGAGUUUGUAGAUAAUUUAAUGGUUAAUCGGAAUCGCCUAACUUCACCGUACGACAUCCACGCAACGUUGAUGCACAUUCUGGAGUUGGAGACAUCGUUGGCUAACUUACCAAGGCCUGAAGGUUGUCCCAGCUGUCAUAGUAUUUUUUUCGAGGUGGCCGAAUCAAGAGAUUGCGGCGAUGCGGGCAUCAAUGAACACUGGUGCACUUGCCUGGAAUUAGCAGAGGUGCCACAGACCGAUCCGAAGGCAAAACUCUUAGCAGAUCAGCUGGUCGAGGCCACAAACAAUUACUUGGCAGCUAACAAUCUGACAGGAACGUGUGCGAUCCUGAAAUUAACUAAAGUUAAGUCUGUGAAAGCGCGAAUUUCAUCGCGCUCAAACCAAGUCGAUUCCUACUUGGUCAGAUACGAGACGGCACCAGCCGCGGCAUUGUUUGAGGCAACGGUCAAGUGGAGCAACACGACGCAGCGCAUCUCCAUUUCUGUGCCCAGCAUUAGUCGAAUGACGGCAUACAAGGAGUACUCCCAGUGUGUAGAGGAUGCUACUCUCAAGAAGUUCUGCAUCUGCAUGCAAUCAGCUAUUAAAUGAAUCAACCCCGGCCAUCCAAGCUGGUGGACUGCCGUUUAACCACAGCCAAAGAUGCAUCUGCAUUCCUUAGUAUGUUCGCUGUCUGUGCCUGUAUCUGUAUCUGUAUCUCGAGAGUAUUGUUGCCAAUGGCUAUCGGCAGUUCCGAUCUCACCCUGUGAGUUUGCAAACACACUCCGCAACUAAUUUGGGUUGGACACAAAUUGGUUGACAAUUAUAUGACAAUUGCAGAAGAUAAUUGCAGCAAUAUGAACGAUAGGAAGACAGCUGUUUAGUCCAUUGCAAUAUUUCAGUUUUUCUUUCUUAAUUAUUUCUGCAUUUGAUUUGCGCAACGGAUCACAAUAACUUUCUAAAUGAAUAAGAACAAAUAAAAUAAUAUAGUGCAUAUCUUAUCACAUA